AUGGCGCCUCAACCCUCGGGCUCGCCAGCUGUCCAAAUGAUCCACGAGACGGAGCAAUCCUUCCCGGGCGCGUCGGACGACGAGAUGACCUGUGUCACGUCUGUUCCGCCCAGUCCUACUCGUGUGCGGGAAAACUGCACAGAGGUGGAAGGGGGCGGCUGCAGAGGAGCUUUGCGGAAACCCCGGGCACGGCGCGGCGGACGCAGCCGGCCCAAGAGUGAGUUGGCUCUGAGCAAGCAGCGACGGAGCAGACGCAAGAAGGCCAACGACCGCGAGCGCAAUCGUAUGCACAACCUCAACUCGGCGCUGGACGCGCUGCGCGGCGUCUUGCCCACUUUCCCGGAAGAUGCCAAGCUCACCAAAAUCGAGACGCUGCGCUUCGCCCACAACUACAUUUGGGCGCUGACGCAGACGCUACGCAUAGCGGACCACAGCUUCUACCGGCUGGAGGCGCCCGCGCCGCCCUGCGAGGAGCUGGGAAGCCAGGACGGCGGCUCCCCGGGUGACUGGGGCUCCCUCUACUCCCCAGUCUCCCAGGCAGGCAGCCUGAGCCCCGCCAUUUCGCUGGAGGAGCACCCCGGGCUGCAGACGCCUGUAUCCCCUGCCUGCCUGCGCCCUGGCGCCCUGGUUUUUUCAGACUUUCUGUGA